AUUUCCCUGUAAAAUGUAAGCUAUGCAGUGAAUUCCCGAUUGAACCGCAACGGGAAACCUUAUUUCCUUCAUUCCCGCCUUAACCGCCAUCAAAGUUCCAUCUUCAAACAUUUUGAUAGUUUUAUUUAAAAAAGGUUUUACUUAUUUUCUUAAAUAGACAAACUCUUUGCUUAAAACUACUUGAUGUUUAUUUUUCCAAAAAUAAAAAAGUAUUUCCUAAUUAAAAUUACUGCUGGCUGGACGAAGGUUAUUUUUGGGAAGUGUAAGGAAUGGGCUCAACUAAUUUCGUGAAUAAGAAUAAAUUGAACGGGUUUCGCGCGAAAAGUUCGAGUUUCGGCUCCGACAAGGAUAUGAACGGUAAAUUGAAGAAAAGCAAAAUAAGGCGGCCGGUUAGAAUGAAUGAUUAUGGCCUGAAGAGGAUUCCGGAUUAUACUGAGUUAGCUUACAAAGAGGCUGUAUCGAAGUUGAAGUAUUUUCUCGGUGGAAACAACGCGCCAAGCCUUCGUAGUUACACCGGCUCUUCUCUCAAGAACGAUGACAUCGACGGAGAUUUGGACAAAAAGUAUCCCUUCAAUGCCAUUACAGAGUACAAACCACGACCACGUCUUACGGCAAAAUACACCACUCUGUACGCUGAUAGCUUGAAUAAUUAUACGCCGCCACAGAUAAAUACUUAUACACCUCAGCCGACUAAUAAUGUUCCGACCCCAACAAAUGACUUGUCAGGUGGAACAAAUCCAGAUGUAGUCAACUUCAUCCAGAAGCAAGAAGAGUACAUUGAACAACUUGAACGUGAGAGUCAGUACUGUAGAGAUGAGCUGAACAACCUCCUAGGUAAAGUGAAGGAGGUGAUAUCCGAGAAUGAGCACCUUCACGAGGCUCAGAAGAAUAAGUUGAUAACUCGCAUGUUCAACACCUACGCUGGCUCAGAAACCGAUGAUCUUGACGAUGUUGGUGAUAGCACUGGUCUGGACAGUGAUAAUAAGUGCACACCAUCAAAAGCAAGAAAGCCGAAAUCUCGCUCAACAAAACUGGAGGGUCCCAACAUUGUGUUUGAAUCUCGCAUCGCCGAACUCGAAGCUCACCUGACUCAGGCCAAGAUCGACCUUAAGAAAGUUCAGGAAGAAAACAAUGAAAAUAAGCGUAAACUUGCAUCCGGUCUAGUCGACUCUACUUGCUUGGAUGGCUUCAAACGACAAAUUGAUAACUUGCAAAGGGAUAAAUCAUCGUUGGAAUCACAAAUUUCCAAACUGAAGCUUAACUUGGAGAAGCGCGACGAUGGUGAAGAUCGAUCCAAACGUGGAGACGCGAUUGAAAACCAGUUAAGAGAGGAGAGGAAUAAUUUGGAAUCUGAAAUACGACGACUUAAAGACGACCUAUCAAAAGAGCGUAACAAAGUUCGCGAAUUAGCGGGCGAAACUGCCCGCCGGGCAAUACACGAGCGUAGCGCAGCGGAACAACGGUACAAUCAGCAUUUUGACGAAUUGCAACACGAUCUAGCUGCUCAGUACGAUAAUGCUGCUAAAUUGCAGUUGGACUUGGAACGCCAGCGCCGUGAAGAAAGCGAGCUCAAACGCGAAUUGUCAAUGAAGAACGCUGCUUUGGAAGAAUUAAAAAUGGAACUAAAAAAUAAGACAGCGUCCCUUCAAGCGGACUUAACUCAGGCCCAUGCUGAGAAGGCGUCUUUAGAAGAAGAGUUGGCGAACGCUCGCCUCGCUAUUGAGCGGAACCAGAGGCAAGCUAAACACGAAGCCAAUCGACUUAAUUCUGAGAUACAAUCUCUUCGUCAUCGACUGGACCGUUCUGAUGCCGAUCUGGUCCAUUCACGCCGAGAAAACCUUCGGCUCUCAGAACAAAUUUCAACAUUGGAAAAAGAGAUAAACAUGAAAUCUCUAACCCCAAUGACACCAGAAAAGAAGAAGAAAGAAAGGGAGUUGUCAACAGCGCUUGAAUCGAUGGAAAAUAAACACGCUAAAACGGUGGCUGAGUUGGAGUCCAUGAUACAAUCACAAAACAGUCUGAUGGAGAAACUCACCAGCGAAUGUCGUUUGCUUACCGACAAGCUUGACGACGCAAACCGUAGACAUAAGCAAGAGCUGGGCACUUUGCAGCGUCAAGUAGAGAGGCUGGGUCGCUCCAUGCAAACGACGUACGCGCACCAUCCUAGCACACAAGCACCUUCCUCGCACACUACCACACCCGACAGAAUACCAAACCCUACGACCCCAACCAGAUCAAACGAUACCAGAGCUGAGCCCGCCAGAGAGUCCCCACUCCGAGAAGAUCCUAGGCCCAGCCUCGGAUAUGAACCAGAACCUGUAAUUCAACCAAAAUUAGAACUAACAAAACCUACUGAAAAUACAGAAAUAGAACCAAAGCGAAUAUUAAGCAAACAAAGUUCGCACGAAUCGAAUAACGGAAAGUCAUUACAUUCGUCAAACGAUUCAAUACCGCCUGAAGCUGAACACCCUUUAAAUACACAAGUAACAGAAGUAAAUCCUAAAACAGAGUAUAACAGUAAUGUAGUUGAAGAAACAACCUCAAAUUACCCAGAAGAAAAUCUGAGCGCAAAUAUUGUUGAAGAUACAAAUUAUGAUCAAUUAGAACACAGUGCAAAUGUUGAAGAAACAGAUAAGCCACAAGAACCAGAAGAGAAAGACGAAAACUCUGCACAAAAUUAUGAGCCAGGUUAUCAAAACUAUGAACAAAAUUAUCAAAACCAACCAGGUACAGAAUAUCAAGGAUAUGACCAACAGUAUUCAGAACAACAAUAUGAAAAUUACGAACAAUACCCACAACAAUAUAACGAUCCCAAUGCACAAUACGACAAUCAAUUUGACUAUGGUAGUGAAACUAAUUACCAACAGAAUUAUGAUCAGCAAUAUAACCAAGAAUAUAACCCACAGUAUGAACAAAAUAUUGUUCAAGAAAAUGUUGAAAAGACUCCACCGUCCAACGGAAAUGAUGGCCAAAGUGCACAAAGCUAGCAAUAGUUGGUACCUACUAUGAAAUGAUUACUCG